AUAUUGCAACACCCAAAGCACACAACACAAGCAAAACACACAAAGCUACCAAAACCAUGGCUCAAAUGAUGAUGGCAGCUGCUAAAGCUCAAGAUCAUAAACACACCUCGGUGAAGCUUCGGAACGAUUCGAAACACGAUGUAUCCCUAGUAAGCUACAAGGUUUGGGAAGGAGAUCAGGAUACAAAAUUCCCCACAAAAAUAUUGAAUGGAGAUGUUGCUGAGGUCACUCACAAUGCAGGGCCUAAGGACGGUUCAGUCGCUGGUCUCGCAUAUGAAAUGAUGAACGAUGGCAAAAAGUGGGUUGUUACCUGGAGCAACCCUAGAGGUGAAGACAGCACGGUGUACGUUGAUAUAGUGGAUGGACAUAUUGAUUGGGAUCAAAUCAAGAAGGAUCUUGAUAACUUAGGGGGAUUCGAGUUCUGA